AUGAGACGAGCUGUAUCGAAAAUACUACCCACACCCAAACUAUUCAACGACUCGGCCCAUUUCCAUUCUAGUUUCAAACUUGAAUACAACUCGAUUGAUGAUUUUUAUGUGCAAUUAGAUAACCCCCAUAAGGUUUGGCUACCAGGAGAAGAAAUCUCAGGACAAGUUGUACUAAUUUCGAAGAAGAAUUUGGCAAAUAUAGUCAUAACAUUAUCGUUGGUGGGGUUUAUUAAAAUAAAUGCGUCGUCGCACCUGAAAUUACGACCUUUAAAGCAUACGUUAUUUGACUAUACGAUCAAAAUCUACGGUAAGGACGAAGACGAACAACCAGAUUCGGCAGAGUUUAGUAAUGGGCUUUUGAAAGGUGAGCAUGUGUUUCCGUUUAUUGUAAAGUUGCCCAACAAACGAGUGUUUACGUCGAUUGAUUUUGGUAAAGGAUCUAUUAACUAUACAUUGAAGGCGGCAAUAGGAAACUCAUCGUCAUAUGUGAUACCAGCAUCGCCUCCAUACAACGACAAUGCCAGCACCAGCAGUUUAACGAAAAAGAAAAUCCUCCAGAAUCCAAGCCAUACGUCAGAAAAGGUUAUCAGUCUAGUAAAUCCUAUAGAUGUGUCGAUCUUGCCUCGACCGAAACCGAAGAGACUAAUCUUGAAGGAUCCAAGAACGAGUUCAAGCAAAAAGUUGUCUCGCACGCAAACGUCGACAUCAACGAUAAAUACCACUUCUUCUAAUGAACACGACCAUUCGUUGCCAGAGGGUGCCACCCCUGAAGAUUCAGACCACAGAUCACUAAAAUCGAUAACUGUCCCUACAAUCAAAGCGAUUUUGGAAGUGCCGCAACGUGGCUAUUUGCGAGGUGAGCUGAUCCCGAUCAAGCUUUCCAUUAGUCAUUUAAGAAAAAUACAAGAUUUUAAUGGUAUUAUAAUAACGUUUGUGCGAGUUUGUCGUUUGGAUAACGGUCCUGAUGGUGUUGUUGAGUCAUUUAGAAAAGAUCUACAACAAUUGAUACUUCCGUUGUAUGUCGAUCCUGUUACGUUCCAAUCGGAAAUCAAUUCGUCGUUGCGAGUCCCUGCCGAUGCCUUCCCGACCAUUAUAGGGUGCCCGUUGGUUUCAUUCCAGUACUUUGUCGAAGUCCUUAUAAACCUUUCAGGGAAAUCAAUUGCGUUGGAUUCCGAUGUUGAUGCUCGCGCUAAGGCCAACCCGCAAGCCGCCAAAUCGUCGCUGGACAAGUUUAAGUUUAACUUUGAUUCUACGCAAACAGAAAGGUCUACAUAUAUCAAUACCGAUAGUUAUAAGCGACUGAAGAAGUUCCUACAAUUGACAACGGAAAUUUACAUUGGCACACAUCGUCUGUCAACUCAACAAGAGGAACCAGAACCGGUACCGCAACUAGAAGAAACAGCAUCCCGCAGGUCGUCGUCAAUGGCAUCCAAUUCCAAUUUAUCACCAGCAAUAUUUUCUACCUCAUCGCCGCAUUCACCAGUGGAGCACCAGUAUGGAGGUGCCAUCAACUCGAUUCCUGAAUCAGUCGCAGUUAGUAAUUUUACUCCGCCUUAUGAAAAUGUGGUGCCGCUGUAUGUACCACCCGAGUUUGUGUCUCAUUUACAGACCCAAUCCGAGUUAUCAGAAAAGGAAAGAAUGAGACAACAUGAAAGCAGUCUCUUGCCAUCGGCACCACCUGGCGUGGAUGAUGAUGAGCCAGAACCGAUGCAGCAGCAGCAGCAGCAAGCUAGUUCUGUGAGUCCAGUUAAUAUGCCCUCGACUCAACAUGGGUUUUUGUUUUUCACCUACCAGAACGCCAGCACCUCACCACAAAUUCCAUUGGAUGAUGAUUUGUACCAGGAACCAGUUGAUUCUGCGCCCAAUUAUUUGACAGUGAAUAAUGACCGUUUGAUAGUCCCCCAGGAUAAUAAUUCAAAUUCAGAUAGUUGA